AUGCCUGUUAUUCCCGAUGAGGAGGAGAGGUUGUGCGGAGCUUCAGAACCGGAUAGCGACGACAAAAUCGAGCCCGAUUUCUCGCCGUCUACGCUCUCUCUCGCCGCUCGUGCAUGGAAUCUCGCCCGCACUGGGCUACUCACGCUUCUGCUGACAGCAGCAAUCGGUUUUAUCCUGGUCGCCGUCAAUCAUACGAUCCCACCACGCUUCGACUUCGUCUCGCUCGUCCGUUCAGAUCAAACAGUCGUCGUUGCUUCCCCCACGGACCCCGCACUGGCAGCGCCUGCUGCGUCGGUUCCCGAAACUGCUCGCCAGUCGAUGUCGCAGCGGCAGCAUCUGAGCUCCGAAGAAAUUCCGCGUGAUCCGCUGAAUCCCGCCAUUCAAGCGGCGAUUGGGGAGCAGGGAUCCUUUCAGGAUGAAAUCACGUCAACUCGCUUGGUCAACCGAGGGAUCACGGGACCGCGUAUGGAUCGCAUGCCAGGGAGACGCGCAUCCGCCGGCCGAGGAAGCUCGGAUUCCAAGCUGACGGCGCGGCAAGUCGAUAUGACGACCCUAAUUUCAACUCAGAAUCAGACUCUAGAUUCAGGACAGGAUCUUCUGGACGUCGCCUUUCCACAGGGAAUUCCGGGUUCCACGUUUCUGAAAAGAAAAGAAGUUAGAGCCUUUUGCUUGCGGCUCCGCUGUCUGACAACGCGAGGCCGCUGGCUUUACGACGCGACGCCACGUGUCCUGCCGUGGGCGCUGCCGAGCCGGUGGGACGGCGGGCGGCAGUGCGACGAGGGGCACGUGGCGCAGGGCGGGGGGAGGGUGGCGUUCGAGGAGGCGGACGGCAUAGCCGCGCUGGCGGGCGGGACUACCGCGGAGGCGGAACGGCGGGCGCUAGAGCAAAGCGGGACUGGGAUGACUCAGGAUCAGGCGGGCGCAAGCGGGGAUCAGCGGCGGUGGAGAGUGCGGGAGAGUCUGAAAUACCGCUGGAACGUUACCAGCAAGUGCGGCCCAUGGCGCGAGUUCGAUAGCAGCGAGCUGGUGAGGAAGCUGGCGGGGCGACGGCUGCUGAUCGUGGGCGACUCGCUCAGCGGCAUGCUCUUCGCUGCUCUGCGCAACGCACUGUUCAUGGGGUUCAACAGCACGUCCAGCCAGAAACGACAAAACUUGCCGCCCAACUGCGCGCCUACGGACAGCCUGCCCGGGUUCUGCAGGCAGUGGGGGAGGGAGAUAGGGGCACGCGCGCACCACGCGCUGUGCGUGGAGGACAUGUGCGCGGAUGCCAGCGUGGCGUUCGUGAGGAGUGACGCGCUGGACCCCUCGCCAAACCUCACUCUGGCUUGGCCGAAGCUGAUCGGGUUUCCGUGGCUGCAUGUGCUGAACGGGACCAGCAGCAGGGGAGAGCAGGAUGUGGGAAAUGGUGGAGAGGGUGAAGACGCUUCUACGGAAAAACGAGUUGCUGCGAUUGUACUGAACCGUGGAGCGCACUAUACAGAGGACGAGCAGUUGGUAUCAGAGCUCAACGCCACUCUGUCCGCUAUCCGCACUGUCGCCCCCAACGUCCUCCUCAUCUACCGCAACACCCCCCCCGGCCACGCUCACUGCAAGCACCACUCCAAGCCGCUCAAAUACAGACAAGACGCCGCCCAGCUGCCAUACAACUGGGGCGAUUUCGGGCGGCAGAACGAGCUGGCGAGGCGGGUGGUGGAGCGGUAUGGGGGUGUGUACUGGGAUGUGGAUACUGCCACAGGGCUGAGACCAGAUGGGCAUGUAAUGCUGGCGGAUGGGAGGGCGGACUGCUUGCAUUAUUGCUUGCCAGGGCCGGCUGAUACAUGGGUGCGCAUGCUGUUCAACAUUCUCAUGGACCUUCUGUGA